AAGAAGAGCUGUCCCAAACUCACAGAAAGACAAUCUCCCUGGCUCUGAAUUACAAUUAUCCCUCCCAGGAUGGAGAGGACGGCCGUGAAGAUGUUGAUUGUGUUGGCCCUGGGAAUGAAUGCCUGGUCGUGCUCGGGCUUCCCCGUGUAUGACUACGACCCCUUCACCCUGAGGGAGGCCCUCAGCACCUCUGUGGCCAGGGUGAAUUCCCAGUCGCUGAGUCCGUAUCUGUUUCGGCCCGUCAGAAGCUCGUUAAAGAGAGUUGAGGUUCUGGAUGAGAACAAUUUGAUCAUGAGUCUAGAGUUCAGCGUUCGAGAGACUACAUGCAGGAAGGAUUCUGGAGAAGACCCCUCCAUGUGUGCCUUCCAGAGGAGCUACGGCAUGCCAUCAGCUGUUUGCAGAAGCACGGUGCGGCUGUCUAUGGAGCAGGUGCAGAGCGUGCGGGCUCGCUGCAGCUGGGCCUCCGUGUCCGACUCAUACAGCAGUGAAGAGAUGAUUUUUGGAACCAUGUUAGGAUCUCAUCUGUGGAGGAAUAAUUAUCUCUUUGGUCUCGUUUCUGACGAAUCCAGAAGUGGACAAUUUUAUGAUCGGUCACUUGAGAUCAUGAGAAGGGCUUUUCCUCCUGGAAAUAGGAGGUACCCAAACUAUCGGCCCAGAGCGAGGACGGCUACUGGCCUGGAGUAACGGCCUGGAGCAAAACACAUUGGAAGGAAGAGAAGUCCCAAUGAAGAAAGCUAUUUGAUAAAUUCUGUAAUUGUUCUUUUGAUCAGUUCAUGUCUAUAAUAAAUGCCUUACUUUUUCCUGUAAGACUCUUUCGUUUCCCAAUUUCACAUAAGUAUGAAAUUUUUAGCUGAGAAAGUAAUGGCCUGAGAAGAUUGGUGUUAGCUAAGGAGUGAAAGCCUCACACAGUGACUGUAUUGGGCAUGUUUUAGAUCCAUUUAUGAUGACUGUAAAUUCCUAGUGAUUAAAAAGACUAUCAGUCCCGAGCAAGUCCGUAUCAGAAGAGUUCUGUCUUUCCUUUUACAUUUAAUUUUAGUUUCAAAAAAUUGUCUGUGGACAAUUUUUAGGGCAAUAAAACUAUUCUGUAUGAUACUGAGAUAGUGGAUACAAGGCAUUGUGCACUUGUCAAAAUCUACAGAAUGUACAACACAAAGAGUGAACCCUAAUGUAAGUGUACCAUGUUGGUUUAUCCAUCCAAACAAAUGUGCCACACUGGUGGACGGCAUUAAUAAGAGGAAACUGUGAGGGGUGAGGUGAAGCAUGGAGAGAGGUAGUGAAUGGGAACUCUAUACUUUCUGCUCAUGUUUUUAAAACCCAGCGCUGCUCUGAAAAAUAAAGACAAUUCAUAAAACAUUGUCUGGUGGUCACAGAGUGGCAGUCAGUCACUGUUCCCAGGGAGAUCCUGUUGUUGUUUCUUUUCCUUCAGGUUUCUUGGUCUGGGGAGUUGGUAGCAAAGAGCACUUUCUAUCAAAGCAGGUACCACCAGGAAAGUUUCCAAGGAGCUGGAGUUCGUGUUCUCCAGUCCACUCAUUUAGAAAUGUGCCCCAGUUGGCUGCCUUUCCUGGAGUCAGGCCUGCAAGGGAGUAGUGAGACAGUUUGAGCAGAUGAGAAUCCCCAAACCCCACCAUGGUCUCUCACCAGGACUAGAGCCCAUAUGAGGCCUUUUACCUUCAGCUAGGACAUCAGGGACCCCUGAAAAGUAUUUUCUGGAUGAAUGAUGUACAAAGUCAUUACCAGCCAUGUGCGCCUAGAUACAGACAGGAUGGCUUAAUCCUGCUCUACUGGCAAACUACUGUACUUCCUACAGCAUUAGGGCGUCUGAUAAGGCUGGUCCCUGCCUCAUCCCAGUUCUUCUAUUUUUUUCUUUUUUUACUCCCAUAUUCUCAUUUUAUUUCAACUGUAAGAUCCCAAAUGUAUUUGGGAUCAGGUGAGCCAAUACCAUCAACAACAAAAAAAAUUAUUGGCAUUUUGAAUGGAAUUAAUUGCAUCAAAUUUAUAAGUUAAUUUGGAAAAAUUGACAUCUUCAUAUUUUUAGGAUUUGCUCUCCAACAGUAAGAUACACAUUUCCCUUCACUGAAGACUUCUUUUAUAUCCUUCAGUUAAAGGAUUUCCUCAUACAUGUUCUGCAUAUUUCUUUUAAAAUGUAUUGGUAUAAUUUGUUUUAUUGUUACUAUAAAUGAAAUCUUUUGUCAUUAUAUUUUAGAAUAUAAAGUUGACUAGCACAUAUUAGGUUUCUGGCCUGUCCUCCUGCUGACUUUUCAUAGUGUUGCUAAUAGGUUUUCAGGUGAUACUCUUGAAUAUCCCAUCUGUACAACUAUAACUUUUACAAAUAAUAUUAAUUUUACAUUCUUUCCAUUUUUAAAAUGUUGCUUCUUUCUUUGUCCUAUUUUAUGUGAUAAGUGUAUUCCAGCAGGAUUAAAUACAGUAUGCAUCUUUAUCUUGUUCCUGACUUUGCCAGCAGUGUAAGAAGCAUUUUAGCAUUUCACCAUUAAAGUACCACGCUGACUUCUGGCUUAGUGUAAGGGGUAUCUAAGUUUUUAAUCAUAUUGAGGUUACCUAUCCUUCCAUUACUAAGAGCUUAUAACAUAAAUGUAUAUUUAUCAAAUGUCUUGAAAUGGUCUUUAUUUUUUCUUUGAUAACAAAAUGUGGUGAAUUAUGUUAAUAAACCAACAGUAUCAAACCAUCUUUGCAUUCUUGAAACAACCCCACUUGGUCAUGGCUUACUGCUCUCUAAAUAUGCCCCAAUUUCAUUCAGGGUGUUUAUGUCAGCAUCCCCAAGUGGUAGCAAUCUACAAUUCAUUUUUGUUCUGUCUUUAUUUGGUUUUGGUAUCUGUGUUGUAAAAUCUCUUCUAUCUUUCUACAGAGCUCUCCUCCUGUGCCACCAACCUCCAACAUUCUGGUCUAAUAAAGAAUCUA